AUGCCACGCCGGCGGCGUCCUCCCCGUCCAGGCGCUCUCGCAGACCUCGCUCCGGGACGCCUCUUGACCCAAAUAGUCGCACUGCAGGCCGCAUUCUACGUCAGCGCGGCUAUCCUCAUCCUGUUUACCGCGCUUGUGGCCGGGAAGGAAGUCCGUCUGGACCUAUUGCUAAGCUGGCGGAGCUUGAGAGGAGAUACGACCGUUGGAUGGACACUAGGGCUCGUAUGGAUGCUGAACAGUCUAAUAAGCGUCGUCUUCAUCCUCCUCCUCAUCGCGCGCUCGAAACUCGUCCCAGACUUCACUCUCACCCUCCACUUUAUCCACCUCGUCGUCACGUCCUUCUACUCGCACGGCCUACCGAGAAACUGGUUCUGGUGGGCACUACAGGCGGCGUCGGCUGCGCUUAUGAAUUUCCUUGGUAUUUGGGCAUGUCAGUGGCGUGAGCUGCGGCCUAUCAAUUUCGGGGGCGGAGGGGGAGCGACUAGGCCCCGGCAGGGGAAUGCGGGGACGAGUGCGAAUGGGAGCGCAGCUGUGGAGGGUCCGCGGGAUGAGGAAGCGGGCUUUGGGAGGGGACGGGGUAGAGGAAGAGGAAGGGAUGGGGCCGGGGAGUACGAGAUGGUCACUAUGAAAGAGGGAGAAGAGAACGGGUAGCUGAGGAUAAAGAUGCUCAUGUCUGGUUUCCGGGUUGAUACAGCGAUUGCAUUGCGAGGCGUUUUCGGUGCGGCUCAAAUACCGCAGGUCUAAAGUAUAGAGAUCGAUGCAUUCCUAAGUGGAUUGUAAUAUCAUGGUGUUCAAACAGGUUUUGAGCUGGGGUUU